CCCAUAUGAAGGGAACCCUCCUGAGUCCCGCUGCAGAGCAUCCGAGAGCAAUAAGCAUGGACGCCUACGUGGAAAUGAAUCCCAAGGGGAGGAUGCCGAUCUUGGGGCUGGGGACCUGGCAGGCACCUCUUGGAAAAGUGGAAGAAGUCGUUAAGCUGGCUAUUGAUCUUGGGUACCACCAUUUUGAUUGUGCACACCUGUACAGGAAUGAAGAUGAAAUCGGCAAUGCCAUUCAGCAGAAAAUCAAAGAAGGUGCUGUGAAAAGGGAAGACCUCUUCAUUGUCAGUAAGCUGUGGUGCACAUUCCAUGAAAAAUCCCAGGUGAAAGGAGCAUGCCAGAACACGCUUGCCGCUCUGAAGCUGGAUUACCUGGAUCUUUACAUCAUCCACUUUCCCAUGGGCUUCCAGGCUGGAGAUGACCUCUAUCCUCUAGAUAAACAUGGCAAGGUUAUCCCCAGUGACACGGAUUUUCGAGACACCUGGGAGGGAAUGGAAGAUCUUGUGGAUGCAGGCCUGGCAAAAGCAGUUGGGAUCUCAAACUUCAACUGUGAGCAGAUAGAACGGAUCUUGAACAAACCUGGGUUAAGGUACAUCCCUGCAAAUAACCAGAUUGAAUGCCAUCCAUACCUUACCCAGGAAACCCUGAUCAAUUUCUGCCUUUCCAAAGGGAUCACUGUGUGCGCACACAGCCCCUUCGGCUCACCUGGAAACCCAGUGAGCACCCUUGGAAAAACAGGCUAUACUUCUCUGCUUGAGGACCCUACAGUGAAGAAGAUUGCAGACAAGUACAACAAAACAUCUGCUCAGGUUCUGCUUCGAUUCCACAUUGAGAGAAAUGUGCCUGUGAUUCCAAAGACAGAUAAACCACAUCGCCUCAAGGAGAAUCUUCAGGUGUUUGACUUCAAACUGAGUGAUGAGGAUAUGAAAACACUGUUAUCUUUGAACAAGAACACGAGAGUCUAUUCAAUGCCGGCGUGUGUUGAACACAGGGAAUAUCCUUUCCAUGUGAAAUACUAAAUUCGUUGUUCCCUCCACAUCUACAGAGCGGGAAUCUCCACAACUUUGAUGCUGCAAGCGGUUUUCUGAAGAAAAAUACCUGCAGUUAGCUUUGUGUGUGAGAGCAGGAAUUUAACUAAUCCCCCUUCUCAUAUACUUUUCUUUCAUCUCUUGCCGAUAUAAAAUUGCCCACUGGCUAGCACUAAACCUCGAGUACAAUAUAAUUUUCCAACUGUCAAGCUUGCCCUUUAUUUGCUUAAUAUUGGCAGCCCCAGGAUAGAUAAUGGGAAGGUAUCUGAAUGGGAGACCAUUCAGAUAUUGUGAUGAGUGCUUGUAUGUUCUGCUUGGGUGUGGAGAUGGAUCAGAAUGUGUAUAAAUUUGUAUUUAAUCAAGAAAUAUGGAAGUUGCCUGAACCAAGGAUUUGAUGAAACAAAAUACUUCUGUGUAAGUGACCAGUAGAAGC